AUGUCCUCAGAGGUUAGAACUACGAUCGCAUCAGCCGACAAUUACUCCAGACCAGAUACCACUUCUUCUUCUGCUGAUGAAGGUUUGGGACCUCAGAAAGAUUCUGCAAGAUUUCAAAGAGGUAGGGAUGGAUAUGAUACCAGUAACGUCAACUCUAGCCAUGGAGGUGCCCAAAACACUUCCGCUGCAAGUGCAGAUUCAGGAACGAUCCAAAAUUCUGCGACAGUGACAAAAGGUGGAUCAGGGUACGAGAUGACUGACCCUGCUCCUCCCCCUAGCGACGGAGGAAUUCAGAACCGCAUCAACGGCCGAGCGCCCAAUUCUGUCGAUCGUGGGAUCACAUUCGCAGCAGGUUCCAGAAGCCAUUCUAGAGUUAUGUCUGAUCCGAAGCCUGAUACAGACUCUAACAGGAAGGACUUGUACUGA